ACUAUCACUUCAGUUGUUAACAACGCAUUUUGUAUUCACUACAGUGCGUUCUACGAAUAGUUUUAGUCGUCGCUGCAAUGCCAUUGUGGUUGGGUUAGACUUAAAUAAGAUAUUGUUAUUAUUGCUGGAUUCAUUUUAACGAGUUCUUUUAGAAAAAUAGCAUUAAGUAAAUUGAUAGCUUUACAUCGUCACCGUCAAUAUGGCUCAACAGCAAGUAUUUGAUUCUAAUUGCAUGACACUUACCCGAUUUGUAUUGGCAGAACAAAAAAAAGUUCCAACAGCUACAGGUGAUCUCUCUCAAUUGUUGACAAGUAUACAAACCGCUGUGAAAGCCGUGAGCUCAGCCGUUCGCAGGGCAGGACUAGCACAUUUGUAUGGUAUGGCUGGAUCAACUAAUGUGCAAGGGGAAGAUGUAAAAAAAUUGGACGUACUUAGCAACGAGCUAUUUGUUAACAUGCUUGCAUCUUCAUACACAGUGAAUAUGUUAGUAAGCGAAGAAAAUGAGACUGUUAUAGAGAUUGAAACUGAAAAACGAGGUAAAUACAUUGUAUGUUUCGACCCUCUAGAUGGAUCAUCUAAUAUAGAUUGUCUAGUGUCAAUUGGAUCAAUAUUUGGCAUUUUUAAGAAAACUAAUGAAAGUAAUGAUAUUGACAUUAAAAAUGCCCUUCAACCAGGUAGGACUAUGGUUGCUGCUGGUUAUGCUUUGUAUGGUAGUGCAACUAUGAUGGUAUUAUCAUUGGGGAAAGGAAGUGGAGUGAAUGGAUUUAUGUUGGAUCCGGCCCUAGGAGAAUUUUUAUUAACAGAACGUGAUAUUAAAAUACCAAGAAAAGGUAAUAUUUACAGUAUCAAUGAAGGUUACACCCAUCAAUGGGAUGAUAUUAUUACUAAAUAUAUCAUACAGAAAAAAGAUCCUAAGUAUGGAAAACCUUAUGGUGCUAGAUACAUUGGAUCAAUGGUAGCAGAUGUCCAUCGUACACUAAAGUAUGGUGGUAUAUUUAUGUAUCCCGCAUCAAAACAAUCUCCAAAUGGCAAAUUACGUCUUUUGUAUGAGGGUAAUCCAAUGGCUUUCAUAGUAGAAGAAGCGGGAGGUGUUGCUACUAAUGGUAAGAUACCAAUUUUGGAUAUCCAACCAACAGCUUUACAUCAAAGAUGCCCAAUAUUUUUGGGUUCUAAAGAUGAUGUCAAUGAACUUUUAGAAAUGUACAAUGUAUAGUUAGAGAGAAAUGUUAAUUAUUAAACUAAUUUUUUUUAAUAUUGUCAUACAAAAUAUUCAAGUUUUAAUUGUAAUUUUAAAUUGUUUACAUGUCAAAAUAAUAAUAAAUGUACAGUUAAAGAAACAACAUUAAAAGUAAAAUUUAAAUAAGUCAA